ACGUCACAGCCAAUAGCAGGCGGUUUGGGUUCGCUUCGAUCUCUCGCAGUAUUUCUUUUUUCUAUCUGACGGAGAGAGGGGAGGCCGGCGUAGCUGAAUUAAGGAGAUAUUAGUUCAGAAGACAAUACUGGAUAAUCCUUGUGAAAGAGAAGAUUCAACGAUGGAGCCUGUCCAUAUUAAAGAGGAGAGUCCUGUAUUAGAAUCGGUCCAUAUUAAACAGGAGAGCCUUGUACUAGAAUCAGCCCAUAUUAAACAGGAGAGUCCUGCACUAGAAUCAGUCCAUAUUAAAGAGGAGAGUCCUGCACUAGAAUCAGUCCAUAUUAAAGAGGAGAGUCCUGUACUAGAAUCAGUCCAUAUUAAAGAGGAGAGUCCUGCACUAGAAUCAGUCCAUAUUAAAGAGGAGAGUCCUGUACUAGAAUCAGUCUGUAUUAAAGAGGAGAGUCCUGUACUAGAAUCAGUCCAUAUUAAAGAAGAGAGUCCUGUACUAGAAUCAGUCCAUAUUAAAGAAGAGAGUCCUGUACUAGAAUCAGUCCAUAUUAAAGAGGAGAGUCCUGUACUAGAAUCAGUCUGUAUUAAAGAGGAGAGUCCUGUACUAGAAUCAGUCCAUAUUAACGACGAGAGUCAUGUAAUAGAAUUAGUCCACAUUAAAGAGGAGCUUCCUGAACUAGACCCUGUCCAUGUUGAAGAGGAGGGUAACCAUUUUAAAACAAGCAGCUUGCAGGGCUCUCUGUCCUGUAUAGAAUGUGGAAAGAGUUUCAAUAGAUUAGGACAUCUUAAAGACCACCAGCUAAUCCACACUGGAGAGAAACAACAAGUCUGUGCUGACUGUGGGAAGAGUUUCAGUCAGUUAAAAAACCUGAAAAGACACCAGCGAAUUCACAGUGGAGAGAAACCGCAUGUCUGUGAUGACUGUGGGAAGAGUUUCAGUCAGUCUGGCAACUUGAAAAAACACCAGCGAAUUCACACUGGAGAGAAACCAAUUGCCUGUGCUGACUGUGGGAAGAAUUUCAGAGAUUUACAAAACUUGAAGCUUCACCAGCGAAUCCACACUGGAGAGAAACCGUAUGCCUGUGCUGACUGUGGGAAGAGUUUCAGUCAGUCGAGAACUCUAAGAAACCACCAGUUAAUUCACACAGGAGAGAAUCCACAUCACUGCAAUGACUGUGGGAAGAGUUUCAGAUGGAUAUACAGCUUGAAAAGGCACCAGCGAUUCCACACAGGAGAGAAACCACACUACUGGAGUCCAGUUCUCUUAAAAGACACAAAUGCAAGUUGUGAAAGUUUAGGCAGAAUGUGAGUGUGUGUUCAUUCACCCGCACUCAGAAAUUCCAGUCUUUUUAAACAGCAGCUUAAUAUAAGAACUGUGAGAACUCUGGUGAGGGAGGAAUUCAUAUUUGUAAUUGAAUGGUCUUUGUAAAAUGACAUUUGAAAUCUUAAACUAUGAGGCUUAAGAUGCUGUGAUGUUAAUUAAGUGUGUCUUCCCCCAGCCUUCUCCCAUAACAUUUGAGAUCUUCUUCAAAGGACUGGAUAUUAGUAACAGAGGGUCAUAAAGAUUUAAAUUGGUUUCAGUUCAGAUUACCUGCCAGUCUGGUCUAAACAAACAGAGCUGAUUCCUGUCUGUUAAUUAAGAAUGUCUGUCUGAAAACUAGUGUACAAUUUUCUUCUUAUAAAGGGUUAAGAAUUGCGACACCUGGUGGAUACAGUGUGGAGUAGUGGUUAAGGCUCUGGACUCUUGACCAGAGGGUCUUGGGUUCAAUCCCAGGUGGGGGUCACUGCUGCUGUACCCUUGAGUAAGGUACUUUACCUAGAUUGCUCCAGUAAAAACCCAACUGUAUAAAUGGGGAAUUGUAUGUAAAUAUAAUGUGAUAUCUUGUAACAAUUGUAAGUCGCCCUGGAUAAGGGCGUCUGCUAAGAAAUAAAUAAUAAUAAUACGAGGUGCCAUGACUUUCAAUCCAAGAAAUGAAUUGUUACCUGAAACAUGGAACGUUUAAGUGAAUAGAAAUUCCUAAUGUCCUUUACGAGGGUGUAUGUUUAAGACUCUGUGUUUUAGAUUUACUCAAACUAUCAGAUUGAAACGUAACAAAUAAGUAAUAAAUGAUUUCAAUUGGUUUUAGAAUCAUUUUAAUAACAUCUCGUGUUUUAAUGAAGUUGAAAGUAAAAAUUAUUCUUACAUUGUUUUGCAUUAAUUGUAUAAUGUGUUUAACACGUCUGAAACUGUCAUUUAGUUCGGAGAAUGAAAUUGAUAUUUUUAUCCUUCUAUGAUCAAUAUAGCUAGCUGGCACAAAAUGUUCUAUUGUUUUGUUCUAUAAAUAUUACGAAUCCUGUUCCCUCUGUCUCUCUCCAUGGAGGAGGGUCGCUCCCUGUGUUAAUAACACACAUUGCUUGUGUAAAAGGAAGCGUCAUUCAAACUUUGUAAGCCAAUGAAAGGACUGAUUUCGGUCAGGGAUUACAAGUGAUUGGAUCACCAAAGUAAACUCCUCUUUGGGCGCUGUAUUUAAAUCAAAACAUGCAUGAACCCGUUCUCUUGGAUUCAGACUCAUCUCGCCAUGAAGUAACCAUUGAGCCUUCGCUUGCAAUGGGGACCCAUUCAAGCAUCGUACGUAUCUUCAUCCUGAAGAAGACUCCUCGCCGCUACAUCCUGCAACUCUACAUGUUACAAAGAAGACAACUGCAUUCCAACAAGGACCAUGUCUCCAGAAUAAGUGUUACGAUUCAAAGACUUUGAGAUUCAAAUAAAAUACUGUGUGUAGAAAGAUCUACAUGCAAGCCAGAAGUAAAAACAUUGAAUACAGAGUAACACUUUGUGAGAUUAAAAACACAGGCGAUUCUACUCUGAACAAUUGAAAGAAGAUAAGACUUUAACUGAACUGGUGCUAUUGUGUGCAUUUGAAAACAAUGUGAACGUCUGAACCAUUUAAACAUUGAUUGAGUUUAUCUACAAGUUCUGAAGUAACUCUAGAUUACAACUUAGUGCUAAAUGCAAUUGAAGCUGCUUCUGAACUGAACUUUUAUGUACACAUAUGGAAGCCUGCAUGCUCAUGAAAAUAUGUGUUUUAAUGUUUUAUUCCAGCUAUUCUAGGUUCUAUAUUCUUUUUACUUUUGUUAGCCUUAAUAAAUGUAAUAGUUUUUA